UUUAAGAAUAAUCUGAUUGCUAAAUAUACAACACUACAAAUUAUCCUCUCAUCUUCAUUAAAAGAUCCCAAGAAAAACAUUGUUUCACUUAAAUUCAAAAUUAAACACAAUCAAAACAAUGUUUAACAAUCGAAAUGAACAGUCUCAGUCUCAUCAACCCAACCCACCAAUUCAAUCUAAUUUGCCUCGUCCUACUGAUCAACAUUUGGAUCACUUCAAAACUCAUCCACCUGGUUACAGAUUUUGCCCUACUGAUGCCGAGCUCAUUCUUGAAUAUCUGCAAAAGAAAGUUUAUGAUCAACCUCUGCCUCCACACAAGAUCAUGGAUGUUAAUCUUUAUAAAUUCCAUCCUGAAAUUCUUGCAGAUACAUAUUUGGAUUAUGGAGAGAAGGAAUGCUACUUUUUCACACCAAGGGACAGGAAGUACAAGAAUGGACUGAGACCGAAUAGAGCUGCCCGCGGCGGGUACUGGAAAGCGACCGGAGGCGAUAAAUUUAUAAGGCAUGAAGGUAUUGUAGUUGGAAGGAAGAGAGCUCUUGUUUUCUACAUGGGAAAACCUCCAAAGGGUGAUAAAACUGACUGGAUUAUGCACGAAUUCAGACUCGAAAACCCUCCUCCGACUCGUGUGCCAAAGAUCAACCCGGACACCGGAAAUCCUAAUAUGAGGUUGGAUGAUUCAGUGUUGUGCAAGAUUUUUAACAAAUUUGCGACUAGACAUCAAGAAGCUAAGGAUAAUGAGGAAAUUGAAGAUCCAGCUGAGGAGAUGGGCGAUAAUCAUGAGAUUAUUGGCGACGAUAAUAAUUCCAAACCAAAAUUCUACCUUGAAUCUCCUCCGACAAGCAACGAACUACCCUCAUUUCACCAUCAGCAGAGUCCAUAUCAGCAUCAACAGAGUCCUUAUCAGCACCAGCAGAGUCCUUUACAGCAUCAGCAGAGUCCUUUACAGCAUCAGCAGAGUCCAUAUCAGCAUCUUCAGAGUCCGUAUCAGCAUCCUCAGAGUCCAUUUCAGCACCAGCUAAGUGCAGGCUCUAGCCAGCCCCAACAACCGCAGAAUGACCAGCCAUUCCAGCAGCAACCAAUGCAGAAUAAUAAGCGAUUACGGAAGCAACCACCGCAGAAAACCCGCCGGGUCUUACCACAACCACCACCUAAGGGAGACCAAGACUGAAUGUUGUAGCCUAUAGCCCUGUAAUAACUACUUACCAGUUAGUUUCAUAACAUUGCAACAGCAGAUAUGACUUAUGAGGGUUAUUAGCCCAUAUGGUACCAAAAUUUUCUGUUUCUAGUUUCAGUUUAGUACAUAAAACUUUACUCUGUAUCAAAUUGGUACCCUAAAUUGAAUUUAGUUUCAUAAUGAUCUUGGACAAAUUAAUGAAU